GUUCGUUCGUCAUUCGCCGUUCGUCCCCCCCCCCGGCCACAGAAGGAAACUCCUGGGGGAAGGAGGCGAACGCCUCCUGCCCCUCGCAGCUCCUUGGUGCAAGAGCCAGGGCACGCGUGCCACUUGUUCUAAUCUCGGCGCACGCUCCACCAAAGUGCGCGUGUAGAUUUCACAGCGCCUUGCUCCGUUUAGGUACCACAAGGCAGCGAAUGUACAGGCUGAUCGGAGGCACCCUGACUCAGGGUGCUUCCCUUGAAUUUCUGAGUGCAGCGUUGGUUGGAUCUGUCCGCCUCGCAGCAUUGGACAUCUCGUUCCACGCAGCAUUAACCAGAUCUACCCAUGUAGUUUAGGCAUCACUGUAGUGGGUAUUUCUGAUGCUGAACAACAAUCGCAUCGCCAUGAUCAUCAAUGUCGUAACUGUCGUAUCCAUCACCCGCAAGCAAAAUACAACAUCAUCAGCAGCUCGUGGCAAUUGGCAUCGACGCCCUCUUCAAGGAUUUUUCUGCCCACGCCAUGUGGCCAGCACAGGAGGGGUCAAAGUGGUUCAGAAGGCAUGUAUUCUGGGAAGCGAACUGUCUGGCAGACCCGGCGCCUGAGCGAGCACUAGAACUUCCUUGGCAAUAAUUGCUCCGUCAUGAUGCUGCCCGCAGCUGAGCCUGCUGACUGGCAUAAUGUACGUUUCAUGGAAUCUUUCGACAUCCCGACGAGGCCACAGGGCAGCAGCUAGAUGUGUCAUUGACACCCUGACGGCCACGGGCUGGCAGAUUUGGAAGCAGAGUGGUCCAGACAUCCCAGGGAGCACGUCCAUGCACCCCGAGUUGGAAGCGGCGCGUCUAUUGAUCAGUAUCGUCUGUGCCUCCUUGUCGCCCAGUACUUGCCCCACCGAUGGGUACGACAUUGGCACGAGACAUCUCUUAGCAAUCUUCCACGAACCUGUUUCUGGUCGCCUGUCGCGUGCACUGGUGUAUUCCCAUGAUGCCACUUGGCCUGCGCAAUGGAUAUCCCGCGAUGCCGUGCUGCAGUGUUUUGCUUGUCGUGACAUGUGCGCCGAGCCGCUCACGGCUUAGAGGAGCCAUAGUCAAACCUCGUACCAAACAGGAUCGGCAUGACCACCGUGAUUAACGUCUCAGGGGAUCUUGUGUUGGAGCGCGACAAAGCGACCAGGUGGCAACUGAAAUGUGUCUGGGAAGUUUGGGCGACUGGCUGGCACAUUUCAGGGGCCGCGGCCAUGCAUGCCGAACUGCAAUCGACGCUUCUACUGACAUCAAUCAAUCCUCCUGCUGCCUCUCACAGCAGCAUACGCGCACACCUCCAGAUGAUGAAACAUUG